CUCACCUCGUUCUUUUUUUUUCUCCAAUGUCACUGACAACAGUUGAGCGGCCUUUUGGUUUGCUAGAAAAAUAUCAAGUUUCUAAGUAUCUGACCCGUUGCUAUGGUACCCUAGCUGCAACCGCCGUAAUACGCCAUUCGCCACGACCUGAUAAGCAGCACGACGUUAAGCAAUUCUACUUGUCUCAAUUGCAUGCACCUCUUGAACGUUUAAUUGAAAAACAUCCGCAACUUUCACUUGCUGUUGCCGAACACGACAAACCUAGCGCUCAUUUCGUUCGCUUAACGCAAUUCGACCUGUCAGCAGUGGUCCAUGUCAUUCACGAGCAGGUACCCUUCUGGGAUCGAUCCGAGCUUGCCAAGUUAAUUGCAACUGAGUGCGACCACGAAUUCGACUUGAACAACCAAACAAAUCCACUCUGGCAAUUGCGUAUUGGUGUCCAUGACGACCGACUUGACGAAUGUAGCAUCGUCUUCACAGCCCAACACGUAAUUGCCGAUGGCAAGAGUUUGGCGAUAUUUUGGCAAGACUUGCUUGCAGAAAUUAAUGGCACUACCAGUAGUAGCAGCAGCACUGCUACCGCUAGGCAGGAGGAAGGAGAAGAGGACGAGACGUACAACAAUGAAGGCUAUGUGAUCAAACCCAAAACUCUAGCUCCAAUAAUGCCUCCAUACGAAGAUCGACAAAGUCCUAUGCCCACAGCAGGGAAUAUCUUGGGCGUUGUUUCGCGUAUGCUGGCCAAGAAGACUCUGCCCGGCUUUUUGAUUCGACGAUGGUUCCCUCAAGGUUGGGCUGGCGAUUACCCAGCUAUUACGAACAAGUCGAAAGCUCAACACGACACUGUUGUACGUGCGAUCGAAUUAGGCGGUACGACCUGGAGCGUUGUCUGUGCUACAAGUCGCGAGCACAAGGUCACUCCGCACGCGGCUAUCAUGGCAGCAGUUGUCCUGGCCCUGGCAGAAGUUUAUCCAGAGACGACUACAGUUUCGACAGGCACUCCUGUCAAUUGCCGCUCAUUUUGUAAACCUCCUGUACCUGAAAACGAGAUGGGCAAUUUUGUGGGUUCGUAUUCCCACACAUGGGAUCUACCAUCUUUGUCGUCUUGGGGCUUUUGGGAUAUGGCCAAGACAUAUCAUGCUCAGUUGAAAGCCAACAAGCAUGAAGCAGCCAAGGAUGCCGGUUUAUUGAAAUACCUUUCCAAAUACCCGGAAGACUACACUAAAUUUUGGUAUGACCAUUGGAAAUCGAAUCCAAUCAUGCAUCGUGCCGGUGGUGUUGAGUUAUCGGAUCUCGGCAAGUUUGUUCUUCCGCCCCUUACUACCGAAACCGCUGUUGACGAUCUGUGGCAGAUCGAGUCAAUUUGGUUUUGUCAAAGCGCCCAGAUAUUUACUUCAGCUCUGAGUGUAAACUCCAUCAGUACUAUGGACUCUAUGUAUGCGACAGUUGGAUGGCAGAAAGGGUCGCUGGAUGUUUGUAAAGCUGACACAUUUGUGCUUCUAGUGAUCCGUCAUCUUAAGAAUUGCUGCCCCCCGCAAUAAUAUGUACUUUAUAUAUGUCUAUCUACCACCAUUACCGAUGUAUCCUCAUUGUUACACUGUAAUCUAUCACUCUUCUACUACUUCUACUACUACUUGA